AUGGGUCAGAUUGCCAGUGUGUUCCGGGGGAGGAACACACAUGUCCGAGGCAAUUCACAUGAUGAAGAGGAUCCUGAAGCACAGAUGACAUUUUCAAAUGCGGCUGGUACCUAUUUCGGAUCACACUUCCUCAUGUGUGGCUGCAAGUUUGAGAUGGCACGACCCGAGGCCUACCUAUUCGGAGAGAAUAGCGACUUGGAUCAAUUAGGAUCCAGAGCACUAAGUUUCCCCUACCCUCCCGGACCACUCGGAAACGAUGAAAUACGACCGCUCAAUCUACUCGUCAACAUUCGAAAGGAAUCGGUCAAAUUUCAACGCGUCAAAAAGGAUAACGGCGAAUAUGAUCCCAAUUUGUAUCAACUCACAUUUGUUUUUGACUGUGACGUCGCGUGUGUAAUACAAGUGCACUUCCAUGCCAAAGAAGUCUAUCAUGAUGGGGAGAUACAAUUCGCAUAUCGGAAUCGACGGGCGCAGAACUCGGAAACAUUCCAUUUCGAGAUGGGUGCAGACCAGAAUUUCGGAGGAUAUGUGUUUGAUGCGACACUAUGGGACUCAUCAGACCUCUCCUAUUCUGCUGGCCUCUACUAUCCAUUUGUCAUCUCCAUCACAACAUCAGGUGUCGAAAGCACACAAAUGCAAACAACAAUGUGUACGAUAGAGACCGGAAACGACAGCAGUAAAGCGUUGGUAUUGAAGCCGUUGCGACAAAAAAUCGCCUGUGACGGGGUCACCUAUCUUCUACAGGAAAUCUUUGGAAUCGAAAACAAAGGAAAUGAAUCGAUGGACGACGACAAUGGCCUGGAAUGCAUCAUUUGCUUAUCAGAUAUUCGAGAUACAGUAAUCCUCCCAUGCCGUCAUUUAUGUGUAUGCAGUAAUUGUGCGGAUUCUUUGAGAUACAAGCACAACAACUGUCCCAUCUGUCGAUCACCAUUCCGAGCUUUGAUCAGGUUACGAGCACAUAGACAGACCAGGAAUCAGAUAUACGAAACCGUGAGUUUGGUCGAAGGUCUCAACGGCUCAUUUUCCUCAAUGCCCACUGUAAUCGACCCAGUCUCAACAAUCAACUCAUCCACAAGAAGAAAACGUCAUUCAAGCAGUAGGAGCGGAGGAAAAGCGAUGCACCAAGUGCUCACAAUGGAUCAGUUGGGCGACAAUAGCAGAGUUCAGGAAUGCAUUGAAAUGACGUACAUUGCGAACGAUGAGGAAGAUGCGAAACGCGUGAUUGAGGAAAUCAUUCAGCAAGCUGAGGAGAAAGAGAAAACUAGGAGUCAAGUAGACAGUGAAGAGGGUUCCAGUGGGUCGAGUGGAUCAAGUUCCCAGCCAUUGAAGAAACACCGAACCAACUCUUCCGAGCUCUCCGAAUCCGAAGAAGAAGAAUUUGAACCACCUCUACCUGAGAAGAAAAUUCCUGAUGAUCUUGAAUCGGAUAAAAACAAAAAUGAAGAGGAGGAGAAAUCAUCACCUGGUGCAUCUGAAGACGAUGAGGAUGAACACGAAGAAACAAUUAGAAGAAAUUCCGAAAAACGACGUUCGUUUCAAUCGGGUUCUCGGAACUCUUCAAGUCAACUUCUAGAAGAUCAACAUCGGAAGAAUUGA